AUGGCACCAUAUGAAGUUUUGUAUGGGCGUAAAUAUAGAUCACUAAUUGUUUGGUUUGAGGUUGGUGAAACAGAGUUGUUAGGACCAGACUUGGUUUAUCAGGCUAUAGAGAAAGUCAAGUUAAUUCAGGAGCGGUUGAAAACGGCUCAGAGUGACCAGAAGUCUUACACAGCUAUGAGACGAAGGGAUUUAGAGUUUCAAGUUGAUCAAGUGGCUUAUAAGCUUGAGUUGCCGCAAGAGUUAGUUGCUGUGCAUCCAGUAUUUUGUGUGUCCAUGUUGAGAAAGUGUGUGGGAGACCCCUCGUUGUUUGUCCUGAAUGAUAGCAUAACAAUCAAUGAUAGUUUGGCCUACGAAGAAGUCUCAGUGAAAAUCCUUAAUCGUCAGGUUCGCAAAUUGAGAACGAAGGAAGUUGCUUCAGUGAAAGUCCUUUAG